UCGGUCCCUCCCCGCAGCUUCGGGGGAGGGGGCAGCGCGGUUUCACAGAAAAGCUGCUGCGUUUGCAUUGUAAGGUGUCAGCAUCUACAAAAGCUGCAAGACGAUAUUGUCACUUGGUGUCUUAACAUGGGGAACCUUCUUAAAGUUUUGACGUGCACAGACCUUGAGCAGGGACCAAACUUUUUCCUUGAUUUUGAAAAUGCUCAGCCUACAGAAUCAGAAAAAGAGAUUUAUAAUCAGGUAAAUGUAGUGUUAAAGGAUGCAGAAGGAAUCCUGGAAGACUUGCAGUCCUACAGAGGAGCUGGCCACGAAAUACGAGAGGCAAUACAGCAUCCCAGCGAUGAGCGGCUCCAGGAGAAAGCGUGGGGCGCCGUGGUUCCUCUAGUGGGCAAACUAAAGAAAUUCUAUGAAUUUUCUCAAAGAUUAGAAGCCGCGUUACGAGGUCUUCUCGGGGCCCUGACGAGCACCCCGUACUCUCCCACGCAGCACCUGGAGCGAGAGCAGGCUCUUGCCAAGCAGUUUGCAGAAAUCCUUCAUUUCACACUCCGGUUUGACGAGCUGAAGAUGACAAAUCCUGCGAUACAGAAUGAUUUCAGCUAUUACAGAAGAACCUUGAGUCGUAUGAGAAUCAAUAACGUUCCAGCAGAAGGAGAAAAUGAAGUGAACAACGAGUUGGCCAACAGAAUGUCUUUAUUUUAUGCGGAAGCAACGCCGAUGCUGAAAACCUUAAGCGAUGCCACAACAAAAUUUGUUUCAGAGAACAAAAAUUUACCCAUCGAAAAUACCACAGACUGCUUAAGCACCAUGGCCAGCGUUUGCCGAGUCAUGCUGGAAACCCCGGAAUACAGAAGCCGGUUCACAAACGAGGAAACUGUCUCGUUUUGUCUGAGGGUAAUGGUUGGUGUCAUCAUUCUCUACGACCACGUGCAUCCAGUCGGCGCCUUUGCGAAAACUUCAAAAAUUGACAUGAAAGGGUGCAUCAAGGUUCUCAAAGACCAGCCUCCCAACAGCGUCGAAGGCCUUCUAAAUGCUCUCAGGUACACAACAAAACAUUUGAAUGACGAGACUACCUCCAAGCAAAUCAAAUCUAUGUUGCAAUAACGGUUACCUGGAAAUUGUGCCCUGCUGUAUACAGAAGACAGUAUUCUGCAAUGACUGAGAUGCACAGAUUUUUUUUUUAAUUUUAAGUGAUUGCAACUACUAUCUUGUUCGGUCUGGCUUUCGAUUGUUUUCCUUCUCAUCUUCUCUUCCCUUUUU